GAAAGGAAGUGUGAUGGGAGGAAGGAACCGAGGGAGGAAUGAAGAGUGAACUAACUCAUUUUCAUGUCGUCGCUUCUGUUCCGUGCGGGGGGGGUCGUUAGUGAACUGAGUCUCGCGCAGGCUGGUGUUAACCCUCAUCACACGCGGCCACAUUCUUCAACACGGUGACAUUUACCGGCGGUCCGUCCCGCGCCGGAAACGCAGCGCUUCUCCAACCAAACAACACACAGGCACCCAGCGGGGCAUCACACGCACCGAGUCCGCCGACGGACACCGGAGGGGGAGGCGAGAGACGCGCGCUGCACCUUACCGCACAUACUGAACGAGGACCAUGGAGAGCGGAAGCAACGGCUCGGACGCGAAUUACGGGAGCCAGAUCCCCGUGAUUUACACCAACAGCAGCUUCUGUGGGAACUUCAGCGACGGCAACAACACCACGAGCUUCACGGAGGCGCCAUGCCACAGGGAACGCGGACUGACCGGCAUCAUAGAGGACGACGCCAACCCGGUUAUCAUAGCGAUUGUUAUCACCGCUCUCUACUCCAUCGUGUGCGUGGUGGGGCUGGUUGGAAACGUGCUGGUCAUGUAUAUCAUCGUAAGAUACACCAAAAUGAAGACCGCCACCAACAUCUACAUCUUCAACCUGGCUCUGGCUGACUCCUUGGUCACCAGCACGCUACCAUUCCAGAGCGUCAACUACCUGAUGGGGACCUGGCCGUUUGGAGACAUACUGUGCAAGAUAGUGAUGUCCAUCGACUAUUACAACAUGUUCACCUCCAUCUUCACGCUCACCACCAUGAGCAUCGACCGCUACGUCGCUGUGUGCCACCCAGUCAAAGCGCUGGACUUCAGGACACCGCGUAACGCCAAGAUUGUCAAUGUCUGCAACUGGAUCCUCUCCUCGGCCAUCGGGCUGCCUGUCAUGUUCAUGGCCUCCACCGCUGUCACCGUUAGAGAAAAAUCCAGCAUUGUUGACUGCAAGCUGAUAUUCCCCCACCCCUCCUGGUACUGGGACACCCUGCUGAAGAUCUGCGUCUUCAUCUUUGCCUUCAUCAUGCCUGUCCUCAUCAUCACCGUCUGCUACGGCCUUAUGAUUCUCCGGCUGAAGAGUGUGCGCAUGCUAUCGGGUUCCCAGGAGAAGGACAGAAACCUGCGUCGGAUUACCCGUAUGGUCCUGGUGGUGGUUGCCGUCUUCAUUGUGUGCUGGACGCCUAUCCACAUCUUUGUCAUCCUCACAGCUCUGAUCAAUAUUCCCAGCUCCACGCUGCAGACUAUCACCUGGCACUUCUGCAUUGCCCUGGGCUACACCAACAGUAGUCUGAACCCGGUUCUUUACGGCUACCUGGAUGAGAACUUCAAGCGUUGUUUCCGUGAGUUCUGCACCCCGAGUCCCUCGGUGUUAGAGAUGCAAAACUCGUCCCGGACCGGAGCCAUCAGCCGCAAGCUCCCACAGCGCGAACACCACAGUGCAAACACAGGAGAAAGGUCCAAUCAGCAGGUAUGACUAGCCUUGGAGGGGUCGUCGGUGGACUCUCGCUGUUGUGGCGGCGUUGCCAACGACGAUCUCAACUCAGAGGUCACGCAGGUCACCACAGGGCUCUGACCACACAAACGCAAACAACUCAUACACACAAAUAAUCCAGGCUCAUGACUGAGACUCAAUAGCACAGACCAUUUUGACGAUGUGUCGCAAGCUUAACUGCAGCGCUGCAUCAGGUCAGGCCGUUCACCUGCCGGGCAGUCUAACUGUUACCAACUGCAUGGCUGAGCAAGGCUUUUACUCUUACUGAAACACAUACAGAGAUGGGUUUAAGACAGAUUAAAACAUAAACCAAGUAUCAUUACAGUGCCCCUCCUGACUGAAGAAGCUGUUGCUUUAAAUUGUGCAUUACAGCUUUAUAGGAUUUUUUAUUUAGUUUUUAUUAUUAUUAUCAUUACUAUGACAAGAUAGACUAUACAGACUGAACAUGUGCAGUAAACAAAGACAGACAGAUCUAUAAAAAUCUAUAAAAGCCGCCCACACACCACACUAACAUGUUUUUUUCUGUACGCUCCAGACAAAGCUGCCUCAUUGAUCUAAACCUCCUCUCCUAACCGUCCUCCUGUCGCAGAUACUUGUCUUGUUUGCAGGGUUAAUAUGACUUCAGUCCAAUCUGUCACUUUUCCUCCUGAUGUUUUCUAUUUGUACGUGCAAAAGGACAGUGUAAGGUGCCAGGAAAUGUGGAUUAAUGGGAGUUGACUGGACGGUGAAGAAUCUGAUCCGAUUUUAGACUUGUGAGAGAGGCUCUGCGGCUCCCUCGCCACAUGAAGACAUCACUGGACAGGAAGUGUUAUUCAAAGUCAUUUGCAGCACAAACGGUGCUCCCUGUCCGCCCUCUGUGUGGAGUCCACCCUAUUAACACUGCUCUCAUUGAUUGAUCUCCACAGCACCGUGCUGGCUUUGGUCACUUCAGGAAAAUUGACUGUGUUGACGUACAGCUGUGCUCCCUCCUCUCCAUUCACCUAACCCUUUGUUUUAUAUACUGCCCCUUCAGUCUCCAUCCUUUCAUUUCCUUCUUCGAUCUUUGUUCUGUCUCUGUGAAGAUGUUUUCUACGCUUUUGCUGGACUUUAUCAUUAAGUACACAUACAGUAGAGCGCCUUAUGUUCUCUCUGCUGAAUCUGACAAACUUCUGAAUGUACAGAGGGAGAACCAGCUGUGUUCAUCACACUGGAUCCUUGUGCUGAACUGUGGAUCCUCUAAACCAGCAAAGGCGAUGCAGCAGCCUGUUUGCGCAGCUCACAGAGCGUGCUAUUGUGGCAUAUAGUGCGAACAUGUGUGUCUACCAGUGUAUGAUUAACCACAGCGUAACAGCCAUUAUAACAGCAAUUGGUUUUAUUGGAGUCACUUCUCCUCUGAAGAAGUUAACAAGUGAGCCAAGCAGGAUUGUACAUCUGUUGUAAUCUUUAGAAUUGCUUGUGCUUGACGUGUCGUGCUGUAUGCUAUACUUGCCAGUUGCCUUUACAGUAGCUCUACUCAAUAUUCUGUGUACCAGUAUUUUUUUUAAUGAUCUGUAAAGAUGAACAUGAUUGUAUUACCCUCCCAUGUAAAAUACUUUAAGUGUCCUGUUGCUUUUUUUAUAAACGUGAAACCAUGAAUUUGCCAGAAGAUGAUUUCUGAUGAUCACGGUGGACCAGCAAGUCAUUGCAAUUCUAAAUAUUUCUCAUAUUGAAGCUGCCUUGUGAACUGAAGAGAUAUUAACCGGAAAACAAUGUGUGUAAAAGCUUAAAUUGUGAAUUCCAAAAUGAAUGCAGAGUUUAACUUUAUCUGUUUCAUGUAGGGUUUUUGUUUUUGUUUGUUUGUUUUGACUUAAAACUUGUGUAUCAAGAUGUCACUCUGUACAUACAGACGGUCUAUUUUUGGUAUCGCUGCUUUCAGUCAAUUUUGAAAGAAUAUACAAUAGACUGUUAUUAUUUGCAGUAUUUCAGGCUAACAGCCACCAUGACAGAAAAUAUGUUUAAAGGUUACUUCACCCACAAAAUGAGCAUCUGUAAUCAGUCAGUCACCCCAUGUUACGUUGAAUCCAUGAAGAAAACUUUGUUUCUCUUACAUGCCUCAGGUGAACGAAGGAUCUAAAACCUGAGAAAAUUCUUGAUGAAUUGAAGUCAUAGGGGUUCCUUUUUGACAACGACAACUAUAUCAAAAUAUCUGUUAACAAAUUCUCACGCAACUCAUGCAGUAUAAUCCAUGUCUCAUUUAUCCAGGCGUUUGCUCAGUACUUCCCAAACACAUGCAUGUUUGCUAAAGCCAUACUAUUUGAAAGACUUGUAGGUAAACAGCCUUACCCACAGAAGAGUAGUGCACCUAGGCAAGUGUGUGCGUUUGAACUCCGCUCAAUGGAAUCGACAAAUGAAGUUCAAAAGCAUGCACUUCUGUUAAAGUUGUGUGACUUGUAGCUGUGUCUCAAUUCAGGGACUGCCUUCAGGGUCAACGUUGGCCACAUCCUUUGAAGACUCCAUCAGCCAAACUAAACAAUCUCCGAAAUGGGACGGUCUGGUCUGCAGAGGAUUACCUGGUUGCAUCACCAGUUGUUCUCGCCCCAACCCAUUGGCGUUACUGUCAUUAGCAACCAGCUGCACUUGACAAAAGAAGGAGUAAGCAAGUAAGUUAGUUAGCCCUAAAUCAUGGGUUCAAGAGACUGUUCAUA